GUAUCUUUCCGCCAGCGGAGCGCGCAGAAAAUCGCUCCAACUAAAAUCGUGCUUCUCAAGCAGACACACAGAGAAAAGAGAGAGUUGCAACAAGCUUAAAAUUAGAACGCAAUACACGCAUCUGGUUUUUCUUGCUUUUCCGACACCGGCGGCGGCGGCGGCCGAGCUAAAAUUAGCCCCAGUCUGUCGUCAUUUUCAGCACGCAACGGGAUCGUUCUGGCUGCUGGCCUGCUGAGGUUGUGGAAUUUUUCACUCCAUUCCUAGUUGGAUCACUUAUCACAAAGGAGGUUGAUGACUAAUCGAUUCUGAUUUGGGGGAAAAAAAGAUGGCACAACUCGAGGAUCCUCCGUUUAUCGGCGAUUGGCACCGGGAGAAACGGCUCGGAAGUGGAGGUUUUGGCGUGGUCACCCAAUGGAGGAACCAGAAGACCCAGCAGACGGUUGCGAUCAAAAAGUUCCACGUCCUGCAGCAGGACCGCAGCGAGGUGACGGACAAGCACUGCGAGCGCUGGGGCAACGAAGUCACGCUGAUGACCAACACGGUGCGCAACGAUAACAUCGUGAAGACGGUGCAGGUUCAGCCGGAAAGCUUUCUGAAGGAGUUGGCGAAGCACUCCGGGAGUAAACUGCCCAUUUUGUGUAUGGAAUUUUGCGAGGGUGGUGAUCUGAGACGUGUGCUGAAUCGUGUUUCGAGCUGUGGCGGGUUGGGUGAGCUGGAAGUGCGGGAUAUCUUGCGGUCGCUGAGGAACGCAAUUUCGUAUUUACACUCGCUGAAGAUCACGCACCGGGAUAUUAAGCCGGAGAACAUUGUGCUGAAAGUUGACGGGGAUGGGCGGACGGUGUACAAGCUGACAGAUUUGGGAUAUGCUAAGGCGCUGGACAAGCAGAGUUUGAACGCCAGUUUGGUUGGAACGGUGGAGUACAUCGCGCCGGACUUGAUCUACUGCGAUCGGUACAACUGCUCGGUGGAUUACUGGUCCAUGGGAAUCAUUGGGUUCGAGAUCAUCUGCGGCAUUCGUCCGUUUAUUCCGCAUCAGUCGAUCGCACAAUGGAUGAGGCAUGUCCAGCAGAAGAAAUCUACGCACAUCGCCAUCACCGAAGACAAUCGGGACAAUUACACCUAUCACAAUGAACUCUUUCCGGAGAAUCACAUUUCACCCACUCUCGGCAAGAACCUCGAGAAGUGGCUCAUGCUGGCUCUGGAAUGGAACCCCAAACAGCGUGGACACGUGUUCCAGAUCGGUGACAAGGAGGUCACCGAGCAGCAGAUCAAAACGGUCAAAUUUGCCGAGGACAAACCGGUUCAGGUGCUGAAGAUCUUCUCCCUACUCGACACCAUACUCCAAAAGAAAAUUCUGACGAUCUUCUGUCUGUACAACGCACGCUUCGUGAGCGUCGAAAUCGACGACUCAACUACGCUAGAUCAGCUCCGUGCUGCAGUCGAAACCCAGUCCGGAAUCCCCAAAGACGCGAUCGAGUUCGUCCUCCCACUGGAACAGAAGCUCGAUCGCAUCGCCGAAAGCACAAAACCGAUCGACCUGUAUCUCCCCAACUUCUACGACAAACCCAUGCUGUUCGUCGUCAAACAAGGUGCCAUCGUCCAGCCCGAUCUAAAGCCGGAAAUCCCGCGCAGCGUCUCGGACGUCUUCCAGAACAUCAAACUCAAACUAAAGCCGCACAUGCUGCGUCAGUUCAUCUCUAACGCUCACUUCUUCGUGACCCGCGAGCAACGCCUAUACGUAACGAUUCUAGACGGAAUCAAAAACUACGGUCUUGUGCUGAACGAACAAAUCGUCAACUCCAAAUCCGAAAUAAGCCGGCUUAACAAGAUCACCUACGGCAUCAGUGGUGGCCUCGAGUACCACAAACUAGCCCUGAGUCACACCAAAACGAAGAUCGCCCCCAAAUUGGCCCCGCAGACCUUCACCCUGUGGGAGGAGCGAGCAUCCCGGAUGGAGGCCACAAUCCGAAAGUUAACCGAGGUGGCGGACAAAGUGACCAAGCGCUACGAGUCCGUCCUGAAGCGAAGUCGCGAAGCGGUCGGCCACGCGCUGCUCAAGUCCGGCUACGAUCAGCAGGAUUACUACGGGCAGAAGAGUCUGGAGGGGCGGUACGAGAUCGCGCGCGCUCAGCUGUUGGAGAAGAACAUCCACGAGAAGAGUCACAUCGAGAUGCUGCAGGCGGUUUACGAGUGUCUCAAGAAGCGGGACAUUUUGCUGAGAGAUUACGGACUGCGGGAGCUGCAACAACAACUGGUGGACAUUCGGCGCGAAAUGCAGGAAAUUUCCAAAGCCACCGAGAAGGCUCUCGAGCACGCGGAAAAGUUCAAAAAGGAACUCGCCAAACUAACCCUGGAGCACAACGACAACAUCUGGAACUUGAUGCAAAAUCUGACCACGCCAACCAGUCCGGCCGCAGUCCGGAAGGAAGAUUCCCUGAGUAACGGAAUCGUAAACGGAGGUGGUGGAUUGCUUCCGGACAUUGACAGCAUCAUGGGGAAGAGUACGCCUCCCGUUACGGUGAAUGGGGACUUGUCGCUGAACGGUGGACCACAGUUUCACGUCGGGGGUUCCGUGCGGACGCUGCAAAACUCGCUGGGCGAAGGUUCCAUCGUGACCAACAGUAUGCUCUGCUUUGGGGAGGGGCCGGACGUGGAGUCGCUGAUCAACGCCAAUCAGUCGUUGAUUAUGACAACUGAGGACCUCAUCAGCGAUGGGUUCGAGAUGCUGCUAAAGUAAGAACAAGUAUUUAGUCAUCAAUAUCAUACGUGCCACAA